AUGGCAAUAUCGAAAAUGGAAAAAUUGGCCAUUCUUAACCUCAAAACCUCGAUCUAAGAUGUAGACGCAAGUCAACGCAUUUCAAAUUGCCAAUAGGCUUAGUAAUAUGAUGAACCAAUUUAGAAAGUCGCCAUAUGUCUCUCAAAUUUGAAAGUAUAAAACGAAUCAACCAAUAGUAGCAAUCAUAACAAAAAAUUUAUCUCAUUCCUAAAUGUUUUUGAAGGUCUUUAGAAUAUUUUUGACCUUCCUAUUAUUUCUAAGCAGUUAUAUUUUGUUUCUCCUCAUGAUCACUUCUUAACAGCUUAUUAUCCAACAAGAUAGAAAAAUGAAACCAAAGAAUUGGUUGAAUAUGAGUGGUUUAUUAACUAUAUAACUGAGAUUUAGAAGAAUUCAAAUCCUUCCUUCUUUAAGCUGAUUCCUUAUAUUAACCUACCAAAUUAUGAUUAUUUAUUGGCAGGAUUGACUAUGUUAAUGAUCGACAAAAAUUAUUAAAUCAACGGAAUUGCAGUGUAGAUUUUGAAUUUUCCUUAACUUACUAAAAUCCUUUUUAUUGAAACUCUAAAUAUAAUUAUGGUGUACGAUGAUGGUAAAAUUAUGUACACCCAAACCUAUGUAUACAACGGUUUAGAAAAACAAAUUAGAUACAUUUAUAAUGAAACUAUCAGUGGUUUUAACUAUUCAGAUUGGGAACUGAUCAAAUCUUCACUCAAUUUUAAAUACCCUAUCUACAUAUACAAUAGCUUAUUAAAUUAGAAUGUAUAUCUUAAAGCUAAAUAAAUACCAAAUACUCCUUUGAUAUCGCUGAUAUUAACUAAUUUAACUUAUGAAAAUGAAAUUUCCAAACUAUUAAACGAAUAAAUAGAUUCAAUUCUAAAUUGGUAAUUAACUUUAAUCACUUAUACUUCAUCUAUAAGCAUCCUAAUAAUAUUAUUAAGUUUAAUUCCUUUAAGAUCUUUAUUUAAACCGACUUAGGUUGUGAUAGAGAUGAUGAUGAAAUAUUUACUGGGAAGAUUUGAUUAUAAAUUGAAAGAUCAAGUUAUAAGAGAAAAUAAGAUCUCACAAUUAAAUAAUGCGAUUAAUUAAUUAUAUUAAGCUUAUCAGAGGUUAGAUAUUACUUUAAAUUAAUCGUAAUACGUUAAAAAUGAACAUUGCAUACUCAUUGAAAAAUUCUAUUAUGAAUAGAAGAAAGGAAAAAUGCAGAAUUUUUCAUUCGAAAACAUUAUAAAUCAGAAAGAAUAACUAAGUCUUUCUGAAUUUAAAAAAUUUAUUGCCAUGUAACACGAUGUUUAGGUUGAAACCAUUAUUUGA